AUGUCUAGAAAUAGACGAUCUUCAUGUCUCGUUUUUUCGACGAUGCGUUUAGCCGUUAAAUUUGUCAUGAAAUGUCACAUAAAUAUUUAUUUCUUGCAGUUCCGAAGGUCCAUUGGCAUCUUUCCGUCGACCUGCGUAGCGAGAGUUUACUCGAAUGAACGAGUCAUGCAAGUCUUGCAGAACGUUAACCUGUGGGACGGGACCAAAAGUCUCAGGCUGUAUCGAGACCAGGUGGUGUUCGCGGAGAGCGAGGAGCCAGACGGACUGGUUCCUAUUCGAACAGAAAAGGAUCACCGGAUUAAUUGCCCUGCAACGUAUUUGAUUUGCCUUAACUGA